AUGGUUGUAAGCAAAAGAUUAUGGAGAUUAUUGGUAAGAUCGAGAAAUUGUAAUCACAUGGCAAUCCGGAAGAGUUUUUAUUCCGCUUGGAUUAAAUGUACAGAAACGAUGGAUGGAACACAGCAGGCUGGCGGUAAUAAUAGCAUUGAUGUGGAACGUCUCUUUACCAGAAGUGAUAUUCAGAGUUUAUUGAAACACCUUACGGGAUCAAAUCUUAAGGAGAAAUUAUUCAGCAGUCGGCAAAUCACUCAACCUCAACGUGCACAUUAUGCUUUGAUGACAGAUGAAGCUUAUGAGAAGACGGUGAAAAGUAUGGAAGAAAUAGGAAGGAAUUUUCUGCAGUUUGUCCCUGUACUAGAACCGCGUUGCAGUACACCAAUUGUUUUAGCCAAUGAUCCGGAAAUCAAAGGCUUUGAUAGCAGUAAAUAUGUUUUCACAGAUCUUUCUUUUGGUCUUGGAGUUCAGGUGCGCUCAGUUGUUGUACGUGAAACAGACGGUACCUUACGGAGUGCAACACCAGAAGAACGAGAUCGAAUGACAAGGGUUUAUAAAGGUCACCAGUAUCGGCCAAUAUAUGAACCACCACUGUUCAAAGAUCCAUAUUUACAGAUGGCACUGGACAGGGAUGACCACGAAUAUGUCCUUGAUUGGGCUUGCCAUUAUUAUCUACCGAAUGACCCAACAUUUAUCAAGCUUUGUCACAUAAUAUUUGAUCGUACAAUGAACGAAAAUAAAUUUGCAAACCUACAUUCUACUAGACAUUUUGGUCCUUUCGUAUUCUACCUUGUAUUAAAUAACAAAUUUGCAUCUCUACUGAAUUAUUAUGUAGUCGAGAAAAAGACUGAAGAUGCUGCAAAUUUGGUGCGUCUAAUUAAAGCGAUUUUCCCAGAUGAAGUAUGGAGCCGUCAGAUGAAUGAUGCGGAUGAUUUGAAAGUGUUACAGCAAUAUGCAGAAGAAAAUAUGGAUUACAAAGCCACUAUAUAUGAUUUGAUAAAGACAACGAAGAAACAAGAAAUAAAAACUGAUGGAAGUGAGGUUAGCAUGGGAAAAAAGAACGAAAAAGAGCAUAUUUCGACAAUAGAUAAAGAAAGUUUCACGAGUCCGGAAGGACCACUUGGUGAAAUGGCUAAAACCUAUGACGUACGUGUAGUACGUGGUUCAUCUGAAGCCGUUGAACAGAUACAAAAAUUAGGUGGAAAAUCACGCAAGGGUAAAAAGCGACAGCGCAAAGAAGAUAAUAAAAAGUAG